AGCAGCUGAUUCUGCCAGUGGUCAGAUAUCCCUGGGGUGUGUCUCGAUCUCUGGGUUGUUUUGACCCUGUGUUCAGGAGCUGACAGGGAAACUGCUCCAGGGUAACCAUGGACAGGAAGCUGACCUUGAACCGAGCGGAGACGUUCUCCUUUAUCAACCCAUGGAUAAGAUACUUCCUGUUCUUCUUCAGCUUCCUCUUCUGGCAGAACAAACCUUGUGCAGCCAUCAUGAUCAGGAGUGGAAGACAAAAGACAAUCCAUGCAGAAGAACAUCCAAGGUCUUUUCCUUGCUGAUAGUUGCCAUUGGGGUUUAUGCCAAAGUUCAGAAAGCAACAGACACAGUCCGGGACACGUUCCUGAUCGACCCGGCGGUCAUCCUAAUUGUGGUGGGGGUGGUCAUGUUCUUCAUCACCUUCUGUGGCUGCAUAGGGGCCCUGAGAGAAAACAUUCGCCUCCUCAAGACCUUCUCCUUCAGCUUGACCCUAGUCUUCCUUACGCAGCUGGCCAUUGCAGUGCUUGGCUUCUUCUAUUCUGACCAGACACGCGACGCUCUGGGGAAGUUUGUGAAGAAAGCUAUAGUUCACUAUAGGGACGACCUGGAUUUACAGAACCUCAUGGACUACAUACAGAAGGAGUUUAAGUGCUGUGGAUGGAACAAUUAUACGGACUGGUCGUGGAACCUGUACUUUAACUGCACGUUGGGAAACCCCAGCUCUGAACGCUGUGGAGUCCCUUAUUCCUGCUGUGCUCCGAUUCCAGGCGAGGUCGUAGUCAACACGAUGUGUGGUUUUGGAGUCCAGACCCAGAGCUAUCUAGAGGCCACUAAGUCCAUCUACCCAGUGGGGUGUGCCGACCGGGCCGUCAUGUGGAUCGAAUCCCAUCUGCUCCUGGUCGGGGCCCUAGCCCUAGGUCUGGCCUUGCCCCAGAUUGCCGGCAUCGUUCUGUCCCAGAUCCUCAUCUCUCAGAUCCAGGAUGAAAUCAGCUCUGUGCUGUAAAGGGAUCGAGGCAUCGAGGAACAGCAGGACAAGGACACUAGAAUUGGCUUAAAGGGGAAAGAGAACUACAGCACUUACUGUACAUGUACGUCUUACCAGAGAAAGGAAAACGAACAUUUCCUCCACGCACUGACGACAACAUCCUCAGCACAGAACAUUUUAUUCACUCACUGAUGUGGUCCUUGGCGAGGCUACCGCAUGGAUGAGUGCAACUGUCUUACUGUCCUAUUGCAAUACCUUAAAAAUAUAGGGCAUACAUUUGGGAUCGAUAAUUUUUUACAAUCUAUAUAUUGUUAUUUAAGAUUAUUUUGUAUUUAUAUUAUCAUGGAGAUUAUUUAUUCAUCAGUGUGUUUAUUUAUAUUUCAAUUUAUCAUAUUUGAUAUUACAGGGUUCCUGCAGGUUUCAGUAAGUCAAAUUUAAGACAUUUUAAGACCAUAAAGAUUGAAAUUUAAGACGUACACAACGCAUUAACAAAACAAUAUUCAAAUCAAAGAAUUCCUGAAAAAAUCUUUUUAGUUCAAUGAAUUCAGUCAUUGAAAAAGCAUUAAUUUAAUUUACAGAUAAAGCAAUCACAUUAGUAACCUCAUUUCAUUUCAUUCAGCACUAAGUACUAGAGAUGGAGGAAAAAUCUAUUCACAUAUGAAUCGUGAUUCAGUCUUCUAGCGAUUGUAUUUUUAUGUAAGCAUAUAUUGAAUCGUAAUUUGAUUAAAAAUAAUGAAUCGAUUUUUUAUUGAAUCGUGACCCCAAUAAUCUAAUCAAAUUGUGAGGUUCCAUAAGAUUCCCACCCCUAAUAGACGGUAAGCUGUACAUUUAUGUUUAAUAUUUAACAGUGUUGCAGAAAUAAAUAAGUCUAUUCAAGAAUAGUA